ACUCUUCCUGUCUCAGUUUAGCUCAUUUGUAAAACUGGGAGACUACUGCCUUGAGGGGUUGUGAAAAAAAGAGAACGUUUGCGAAGCGUCUGGUGCACCGUAAGCAAGAGCGGGGAGCACUACUAUAGACUGCAAAGCAAUGGAAUCCAGACCCAAGGCAACGGGGACGGUUGCGGGGUGACUCUGCCGGGUCGCCAAACUCCCUGGCGCCUGACCCUGCCUCGAGGUGAACUGUGUGGACUGGUCCCCAGGCCAUUCCAGCCCCGCGCCCCGCCCGCGUUUCCUUGCGCGGCUCCGCCCCGGCAGCAGGGAGGCGCAGCGGCCCCGGGAACCCGGAUCCUUCCGGGACGCUUCCUUGGCCCCGCGGAGCCGGCGAAGCAGGUACGCUGCAGGGGCCGCCCUUAGUCCUUGCCCGAAGACGCCACAGGACUUCGGGAGCCGGGCGGGGUGGGGGAAAGGGAUGGAGUCUCGGCCUGGGGCGGCGGGGGCGGCCCAGAAAAGGCCUAGCUUCCCGGGCUGUGUAGGUGUAGCUUCCAGGGCGCGUCGGUCUCUAUGGCAACGCUCCACACGCGGAGGUCCGGUACAGUUGUUAUCUGUGGCCACAAGGAAAGUUAUUUGUCUCUGUCUUGGCAAGGCUGGGAGGAAAGUUUUAGCAAAGAACCUCAGCCCAUUGGAGACCAUGGAUAAGUACGAUGUGAUUAAGGCCAUCGGGCAAGGUGCCUUCGGGAAAGCAUACUUAGCUAAAGGGAAAUCAGAUAGUAAGCACUGUGUCAUAAAAGAGAUCAAUUUUGAAAAGAUGCCCAUACAAGAAAAAGAAGCUUCAAAGAAAGAAGUGAUUCUUCUGGAAAAGAUGAAACAUCCCAACAUUGUAGCCUUCUUCAAUUCAUUUCAAGAGAACGGCAGGCUGUUUAUUGUAAUGGAAUAUUGUGAUGGAGGGGAUCUCAUGAAAAGGAUCAAUAGACAACGGGGUGUGUUCUUUAGUGAAGAUCAGAUCCUUGGUUGGUUUGUGCAGAUUUCUCUAGGACUAAAACAUAUUCAUGACAGGAAGAUAUUACACAGGGACAUAAAAGCUCAGAACAUUUUUCUUAGUAAGAAUGGAAUGGUGGCAAAGCUUGGGGACUUUGGUAUAGCAAGAGUCCUGAAUAAGGAUAUUUGGUCUCUUGGCUGUGUCUUAUAUGAGCUCUGCACACUCAAACAUCCUUUUGAGGGUAACAACUUACAGCAGUUGGUUCUGAAGAUUUGUCAAGCACAUUUUGCCCCAAUAUCUCCAAGGUUUUCUCGUGAGCUACAUUCCUUGAUAUCUCAGCUCUUUCAAGUAUCUCCUCGAGACCGACCAUCCAUAAAUUCCAUUUUGAAAAGGCCCUUUUUAGAGAAUCUUAUUCCCAAAUAUUUGACUCCUGAGGUCAUUCAGGAAGAAUUCAAUCACAUGCUUAUAUGCAGAGCAGGAGUGCCAGCUUCUCGACAUGCUGGGAAGGUGGUCCAGAAGUGUAAAAUACAAAAAGUGAGAUUCCAGGGAAAGUGCCCACCAAGAUCAAGGAUAUCUGUGCCAGUUAAAAGGAAUGCUAUAUUGCAUAGAAAUGAAUGGAGACCACCAGCUGGAGCCCAGAAGGCCAGAUCUAUAAAAAUGAUAGAAAGACCCAAACUUGCUGCUGUCUGUGGACAUUAUGAUUAUUAUUAUGCUCAACUUGAUAUGCUGAGGAGGAGAGCCCACAAACCAAGUUGUCACCCUAUUCCUCAAGAAAAUACUGGAAUUGAGGGUUAUGGUCAGGAAACGAAGCAUGGUCCAUCCCCAAGUCAAUGGCCUGCUGAGUACCUUCAGAGAAAAUUUGAAGCUCAACAAUAUAAGCUGAAAGUGGAGAAGCAAUUGGGUCUUCGUCCAUCUUCUGCCGAGCCAAAUUACAACCAGAGGCAAGAGUUAAGAAGUAAUGGAGAAGAGCCUAGAUUCCAGGAGCUGCCAUUUAGGAAAAACGAAAUGAAGGAACAGGAAUAUUGGAAGCAGUUAGAGGAAAUACGCCAACAGUACCACAGUGACAUGAAAGAAAUUAGAAAGAAGAUGGGGAGAGAACCAGAGGAGAACUCAAAAAUAAGUCAUAAAACCUAUUUGGUGAAGAAGAGUAACCUGCCUGUCCAUCAAGAUGCAUCUGAGGGAGAAGCACCUGUGCAGGACAUUGAAAAAGACUUGAAACAAAUGAGGCUUCAGAACACAAAGGGAAGUAAAAAUCCAGAACAGAAAUAUAAAGCUAAGAAGGGGGUAAAGUUUGAAAUUAAUUUAGACAAAUGUAUUUCUGAUGAAAACAUCCUCCAAGAGGAAGAGGCAAUGGAUGUACUAAAUGAAACUUUGACCUUUGAGGAUGGCAUGAAGUUUAAGGAAUAUGAAUGUGUAAAGGAGCAUGGAGAUUAUACAGACAAAGCAUUUGAAAAACUUCACUGCCCAGAAGCAGGGUUUUCCACGCAGACUGUAGCUGCUGUGGGAAACAGGAGGCAGUGGGAUGGAGGAGCGCCUCAGACUCUGCUGCAGAUGAUGGCAGUGGCCGACAUCACCUCCACCUGCCCCACAGGGCCUGACGAUGGCCAAGUUAUUGUGAUUGAAGGCAUUCCAGAAAACAGGAAACAGUGGCGGCAUGAAGCUCCAGGAACUUUAAUGAGUGUUUUGGCAGCAGCACAUCUAACGAGUAGCUCAUUUUCUGCUGAUGAAGGAGAAUUUGCAAUGGGAACAUUAAAACAAUGGCUACCCAAAGAAGAAGAUGAAGGGAAGGUAGAAAUGGUCUCUGGCAUGGAAGUAGAUGAGGAACAACUAGAACCAAGGUCUGAUGAUGAUGAUACAAAUUUUGAAGAAUCUGAAGAUGAGUUGAGAGAUGAAGUAGUAGAAUCCUUAGAAAAACUCGCUACUUUCAAAGGGGAAGAAAAAACAGAAGAGGCCUCCAGUGCCUCUAAGGACUCUAGAAAGUCAAGAGAAAGAGAAGGGAUAAGUAUGCAGAAAUCUGAAGAAUUAAGUGAAGGCUUGGAGAAUAUUUCUACUACAUCUAAUGACCACAUUUGUAUUACUGAUGAAGACCAAGGAACAUCAACAACCAGUCAAAAUAUACAAGUGUGAUUAUUGUACUUUCUCUUAAGUAAUAAGUUAGUGUCUAUUACCUAUAGUAUUUAUUUGGGUACAAGUCAUAAAUGCUCAUUUACUGUAAGGGUUUUCUAGUAAUCUCAAGGAUUUAUUAAUUUUUCUUUCAAUUUAGGAAGUAGAACUUUUGAAUAUAGACAUUAAUAUUUUUACUUUAAAGUUUCUAUUAAGAAAUCUUAGGCCGCGCAGUCUCAUCACUUUGGGAGGCCAAGGCAGGCAGAUCAUGAGGUCAGGAGUUUGAGACCAGCCCAACCAACAUGGUGAAACCCCAUCUCUACUAAAAAUACAAAAUUAGCUGGGCAUGGUGGUGCAUGCCUGUAAUCCCAGUUACUUGGGAGGCUGAGGCAGGAGAAUCACCUGAACCUAGGAGAUGGAAGUUGCAAGUGAGCCGAGAUUGUGCCAUUGCACUCCAGCCUGGGCAACAAGAGUGAAACUCUGUCUCAAAAAAAGAAAAAAAAAAAAACAACUUUCAGCUAAUAUAUGUGGUAGGCAGAGUAAUGUGGCUCAACGCCCCCUCCAAAACAUGUCCCAUCCUAAUCCCCACAGUUUGUGAAUAUGGCAAAGGAGAAUUAAGGUUGCAGGUGAAAUUGUUUGCUCAUCAGCUGACCUUAAAAUAGGGAGGUUAUCUUGGUUUAUCCACGUGGGUGCAGUGUAAUCACAAGGGUCCUUACAAGUGGAAGAGGAAGACAAAAGAGAAAACCAGAGCGAUCGCAGCAUGAAAAAGACUCAGCCUGAUGUUGCUGGCUUUGAAGAUGUUGGACAAGGCCACAAACUAAGAAUUCAGACAGCCUCUGGAAUCUGGAAAAGGCAAAGAAAUGGAUUCUUCCCUAGAGCCUCCAGAAGGAACACAGCCCUGCCAACAACUUAAUUUUAGCCUAGUGAGUUCAAUUUCAUACUUCUGACCUGCAGAACUGUUAAGAUAAUAAAUUGUGUUAACUAAGUUUGUGAUAAUUUGUUAGGACAGCAAUAGAAAACAAAUACAACAUACAGGUUCACUCAUUUAACAUAAUCUGCCAUUUUACAAAACUGUGAUUUUGAAGUUUCUUGUUGUAUUGAAUACACUUUUUUGAAGCUGAUGUUGACACAGGAAUAAGGCAAUUGAGCAAGAACAAGGCAUGGUGUGUUAAUUAUGCACUAAAUGACCAUGGCCAUUUUGUCUAAUAGUUUCAAUAGUUUCUAAUGGUUUCAAGUGUAUAGGUUGAGGGCAGGGACUAUAUCUGGUCUUUAUAUCUUACAAUGAUUUUCUUAUAUACAGUUAUUAGCACAGUGCCAGAAAUGUUACCUGAAUUAAUAAAUGCUAAAACAUUUCCUCAUUAAGACUGUAAACUGUUUGGUGUAGGAAAACUAACUUUUUUUAAUUGAUCAUAACAAUUCCAACAUUGAACAUGGCCUGGAGCUUAACAGAUGUUUAUUUAAAUACUAAGGAGUAUGUCUGGGCUUAGGAAGGAGAGGGUGGUUACAUUUCAGGGUGGUAGAAUUCUGCCUGAAAUAUCUGCUCUAUAAUAAAAGUAAAAUGUCUCACCGAUAUACUGUUAAACUGAGAAAACAAAGAUGAGGUAAGGUGGGUCAGAUUAUUUCUAAGGUCUGUUUAUGUUUACUAUUUACAUUUCAUAUAAUUUUCAUUAAAUGUGGAGAAUGCAAGUCUUAGGAGUCACCUGAGGUACGUCCAGUUUUUUGUGACUAUUUCCUGAUGUUUGACAGACUGUUCUUUCAACUUGGUGUAGAGUUACAGUCUACUCUUUUAGGGAGAAUGCUGUUUGUUCACAUCAUGAGGCUGUAAAUAUUUAAAAUGUUCUCACCAUUGUGUUAGUUUCCAACUGACACAUGGCCUGAGAGAUUGGAGUAUCAUUAAUUCUGCAACUAUUUUAGUGCUCAGGAUGUGCAUAUGUUUAUUUACUUUCAGGACUAGUUCAGACAUAGUAAAACUGCUAGUGACUUCAUGUAAUCCUUAUUCUGAACUGUAUUUGAAAGCAAGGGAAAUGAAACAUGACCCCUAAUAACCUCAAACAUCCAAAGAUCAAGUCAAUUAAGGGCAAAAAAAAAAAAAAAAAAAAGACAAAAAAGAAUGUUUAAGGAUGGUAAAUGAACAUGCCAGGUGUGGUGGCUCAUGCCUGUAAUCCCAACACUUUGAGAGGCUGAGGCAGGAGGAUAGCUUGAGCCCAGGAGUUUGAGACCAGCCUGGGCAACAUAGGGAAACACCCAUCUCUACCCACCCCUCAGAAAAAAAAAAAAAAGAAUUAGCUGGUGUGUUGGUGUGCACCUCUGGUCCCAGCUAUUCAGGAGGCUGAGGUGGGAGAAUCACUUUAGUUUCAGCCUGGGAGGUUGAGGCUACAGUGAGCCAUAAUCUGUGAUCACAUCACUGCACUCCACCUUGAGUGACAGAGUAAGACCCUGUCUCAAAAAAAAAAAAAAAAAAAAGCAUGUCAGGUUAUCGGGUUUGUUCCCAUGACAAGAUGCUUGGCUAAAGUCUAGUCUAUUUUAGGUAAUAGUCACCAAGCUUUACUCAACAAUUUUGAAUUCUUUGCUGUAAAUUGGAAGUAUUCACUGUGAUAAGUAUACAUAUCUGCAACAUUUUCAGCUGGUUUUAGUCCCUAAUUCUAGACCUUACCCAUUUUACACACACUAUUAGCUAAAUCGUGUUCCUGAGGCAUGGCUCUGAUUGCUUUACUCUGGCUUUAGCCUUGGCCUCAUCUGUUAAAUUGAAACUGUUCAUCAGACCUGUAUGCAUUAAAAAAAAUUUUUUAUUAGAAAAAUCAGCCUCUUGCUAGCCAUGUAUGAUAGCUAUCAAAUUGAUCAUUCUGUAAAUGGUAGCAAUAAAUCAACACUUUGACCUCCUCUGUGUCUAAGUAACAUUUGCAUAUAGUACAAGUGAGCACAUAGCACCAGAAUAUUGGAACAGAUGCUUCUCCAAAGCCAAGGGUUGCCUUACAUUUAGAGUGGGAAAAGAGGAAAAUGAGUUAGCAGAGGAGCAGCGGGGAGGGGGCGGUAAAUUACAGGACAUAAUUUGCUUCUAAAAAUUUGUGUUACGUGUUGUAGUUAUAUAAUUAACUUUCCUAUUGUACUGAUUGACAGAUUUGGCACAGAUAUCCUCUCAUUGUGAAUAUAUAUGAAUAUAUCAGAGUUCUGGACUCUGGGGUAUACUUACAUAAACACAAAUAUUCUGAAAGCAUUGAUAAUCACACUGGUCUCUCAUAAUUUUGUCUAUAAGAUGACCUUAUAAAAUCCCUCAAGAAUUAUUUAAAUCAAGUGUACGAAGCUCUGCAGUUUUGUUAUGUCCGAAAUAUUAAUUAAAAAGUUUAUUAAACCU